AUGUCACAUAUUUCAUAUUUUGCACUUAUUUUCUUUUACAUUUUUUGUUUAAAUUUUAUUUCUUAUGCUGCAGACAAUGAUUUCAGUAUUGAACUCAUUCAUCGUGAUUCUCCUAAAUCACCAUUUUACAAUCCCACACAAACUAAAUCACAACGAGUUUCUAAUGUUGUGCAUCGUUCAAUCAAACGUGCAAACUAUUUGAACAAACAAUUUUCUCCUAAUAAGAACAAAAUUGAGUCAUCAUUGACCUAUGAUUCCUUCGGUGAAUAUCUCAUAAGUUAUUCGGUUGGUACUCCACCAUUUAAGGUCUAUGGUAUUUUAGAUACAGGUAGUAAUUUAAUUUGGCUUCAAUGCACGCCUUGCAGCAUAUGUUUCAACCAAACCACUCCUAUUUUCAAUCCUUCAAAAUCUUUGAGUUACCAAAAUAUUUCAUGUUCAUCCAAAACAUGUAAAUCUAUGGAAGAUACGUCUUGCUCGAAUAAUGGAGAUGCUUGUGAAUACACUCUUGAAUAUCAACCAGGAAGUAAGACACAAGGGGAACUUAGUGUAGAGACUCUUUCAUUAUUUUCCACCUCUGGCUCUAUCAUUUCGUUUCCUAAAAUUGUGAUGGGAUGUGGACACACCAACACUUGGGCUUUUCCAUAUACCGGUCAAAUUUCUGGGGUAGUUGGCCUUGGAAGCGGGGAAAUGUCACUGAUAAAACAAUUAGGAUCUGUGAUUGAUGGUAAAUUCUCAUAUUGUUUAAGUGUCAAUGAGUAUUAUAGAAAGUUUAAUGUAUCUAGUAGAAUCAAUUUUGGAGAUUCCGCAAUUGUUUCGGGUGACAAUGUUGUUUCAACUCCUAUAGUCAAAAUUGUAGGAAACCAAGAAAAAGACAAUUACUACCUUGAUUUGGAAGCUUUUAGUGUGGGGAAUAAAAGAAUAAAGUAUAGAGGAUUUAGACGUAAGGGAAUAAAUGCUACUACGCGUAGCAUGAUAAUUGACUCUGGUGCAAUUGUCACUCUUUUACCACGUCAUUUUUACAAUAGAUUGGAAUCGGCGGUUAAAAAAGUUAUUAAACUAGAACGCAUUCAUGAUGAUUCAUAUAACCUUUGUUAUAAUACCACAUCAUCUCAACAUUCAAACUUUCCUGAACUUACUGCACAUUUUAGUGGUGCAGAUGUUAAGUUGGAUUUUAAUGGUGCAUUUGAUACUUUAGAUGAGAGUACCAAAUGUUUUGCUUUUCGUCCAAAUGAUUAUGGAUUAGGCAUCUAUGGAAGUGGAGCACAAGUGAAUUAUUUAAUUGGUUAUGACCUUAAGAAGAAUAUUAUUUCGUUCAAACCUACCGAUUGUAGUAAGUAUUGA